CCGGGAGGGGCUCAUUGGCCCAGCGGCCGCCAGCCUCGCUUUCCGCCCCGUCACGUGGCCUGGCGCUGGGCUUCAGCGGGACGUGGCCCCUCUUCCGCGGCCGGAAGCGGCGAACCGGGGCGUCCGAGAGCGGGUUCCGCUGCUGUCGGUGCCGGUCGGUGCCAGCUCGUACUGCCCGCCUCCCGCCAUGCACCCGCGGCGCCCCGAGGGCUUCGACGGCCUGGGCUACCGUGGGAGCGGCCGGGAGGAGCUGGGCCUCGGCGCCAGGCCCUUCGGCAGUGCUUCGGAGCUUGGCCACUGGGUGACCAGCCCCCCCGACAUCCCCGGCAGCCGCAAUCUGCACUGGGGGGAGAAGACUCCUCCGUACGGGGCGGGAACCCCUCUGGGGACCUCCGGCCUCAACGAAGAGCCCAGCCUUGGGCCGGGCGGAGCCGACCAGUUGAACAGAUUUGCAGGCUUUGGUAUUGGCCUUGCAAGCCUAUUUACAGAGAAUGUAUUGGCACAUCCUUGCAUUGUUCUGCGUCGGCAGUGUCAGGUUAACUAUCAUGCUCGAAAUUACCAUCUCACUCCGUUUACUAUUGUCAAUAUCAUGUACAGCAUCAAUAAGACACAGGGUCCAAGAGCUCUCUGGAAAGGAAUGGGCAGCACUUUCAUUGUUCAGGGUAUCACCCUGGGAACAGAAGGCAUCAUCAGUGAAUUUACACCUUUGCCAAGAGAGCUUUCGCAUAAGUGGAACUUCAAGCAGAUAGGUGGACACCUUUUACUCAAAGGUUUAACACAUGUGAUAGCAAUGCCUUUUUAUUCUGCCAGCCUGAUUGAAACUGUCCAGAGUGAAAUAAUUCGAGAUAAUCCUGGCAUUUUGGACUGCGUCAAAGAAGGAAUUGGAAGAGUUGUAGGCAUGGGAGUACCCCACAGCAAGCGUCUCCUUCCACUGAUGGUCUUGACUUUCCCAACUGCUCUCCAUGGAGUUCUUCACUAUGUCAUCAGCUCCAUUGUCCAGAAGCUUGUUUUGUGUGUUCUGAAAAGGGAUAAUUCCCACAGCCUACCAUCUGAGGGUUCCACUUCUGUGCAGAGCAUGCUUGAUGCCUAUUUUCCAGAACUGAUUGCUAGCUUUGCUGCCAGCCUUAUCGCUGAUGUCAUGCUGUACCCACUGGAGACCGUUCUACACCGCCUCCACAUCCAAGGGACACGCACAAUAAUUGACAAUACAGAUCUUGGCUACGAAGUUCUUCCAAUCAAUACUCAGUAUGAGGGAAUGAAAGACUGCAUAAAUACUAUAAAACGGGAAGAAGGGAUGGUGGGUUUUUAUAAAGGAUUUGGAGCUGUUAUUGUACAGUAUACCUUGCAUGUGGCACUUCUACAGCUUACCAAAAUCAUUUACUCAACACUGCUUCAAAAUGUUUCUUAAUAUGUGCAGGUGUGGAUUUAGUACAGUGGACACGAUUGACUUAUUAACCUAAUUGUUUAAAAUAGCUUAGGAACUUAAGCUUGAAGAAUCCACCUUAUGGAUUCUCCUUACACUGUAAAAGAACAUAAAAAAUGGGGAUAUAGUUUCCUAAGUGUAAUUAAAGAAGUACUGUAUAAAUUUAAAAUUAUAAACACAAAUAUAUAAUGUGUGGUCGUAUAGAAGGGAAUCAGAUUUCAGAUGUGGUUGGAGUGGGGAUUACCAGUUAACUCUUACCCCUGAAAUGGCUAUGAAUGGAUAUGAAUUCUCAAUUGCUUUUAUAAAACAUCACAUGUGAUAUUUAAUUUGGACUGCUAGGCAGUUCAAAGCAGUUUAUGUUGUAAGAACUUGCAAGUGUGAGAGUGAGUUUGUGUUUUAAAAAUAUUUUCAACUUAAAUGUUAAUGGAGCUAUGAGCAAAAUGGAAACUGUAAAAGUAACUUCAGUAGAUAUAAAUGUCAUCAUUUAAAGGUACAUAGAAAAUUCUAAUUUGCUGCAGCGUGGCAGAAGACGAUGAAGAAUCCUUUGCUUUGUACAAAAUAAACUUGAGUUUGGGCAAAGUUGCACAGAAUGCAGAUUCUGCUGACUUUUCUUUGCAAGGGUUGCAGUAAGUGAAGUGUGUGAAUAAAGCACAUUAGAAACA